GUUAAGUUGAACCAUGUUUGAUUUAAACCAUUUCGUUGUUUAAAACUAGUGGUAUUGAUAACUAGCUGUCAUUUUUGUUUUCAGACUUAUGGAUAAUUUACGUAAAAGCAAAAAGCGAUCGCCGCAACAGAGAAUCUUUGUGAACAGAAGUCUAAGACUGGAUAAAAUCCAGUACUAUGGCUUCGAUAUGGACCACACACUGGCUGUGUAUGUCUCGCCAGAAUUUGACGAAUUAUGCUUCAAACUAACUCUGGAAACCUUGGUCAAGUUCGGAUACCCAGAAGUCAUUUUGAGCUUCCAAUAUGACCCUGCAUUCACCCUUAGAGGUCUGUGGCUAGAUAAGCGACAUGGAACGUUGCUGAAGGUCGACCCUUAUGGCAAUAUUCUGAAGUGCAGUUUUGGGUUCAAAUUUCUACGCACAUCUGAAAUCAGUAGUCUGUAUCCGAACAACUUCGUCACCCUAGACAAAGACGUGUAUGUGUUGAAUACACUGUUCAAUUCACCGGAAGCCUUCACCUUCGCCUGUGUAGUGAAUCAUUACGUCACAAGUGGAGACUUCCGGGUGGAGCGUGAAGGAGUGCGAAAAGAGAAUGUGUUCAUGUCCUUUAAGAAUAUAGCCAAUGAUAUUCGGGAUGCAAUCGACAGGGUGCAUGGGGGAGAGGGCAACAUGAAGCAGUACAUUCUGGAUAGCCUGGAGAAAUACAUUGUGAAAGACAUAAAUCUUCCCAUUCUGUUCCAACGGAUGAAGGACCAUGGUAAGAAGAUCUUUCUGUUGACUAACAGCGACUACAAGUACACGAAUGGUAUCAUGACCUACCUGUUUGACUUCCCUGAUCUGGACAAUACAGAGUGGAAGUCAUACUUUGAUCUGAUUGUAGUGGAUGCUCAGAAGCCCAAGUUCUUUGCAGAGGGAACUCUUCUCAGACAGGUCAAUCCGGAAACAGGAAGCCUCCAUAUUGGAACAUACAUAGGUCCAAUGGUCAAAGGCCAAGUGUACUCGGGUGGAUCAGCAGAAGUGAUCACUGCUCUUUUCGAGGCCAAGGGAAGGGAUGUUCUAUACUUUGGAGAUCACAUCCACGGAGAUGUAAUUAGAUCAAAGAAACUUUGUGGCUGGCGUACAUUCCUCAUCGUUCCCGAGAUCGCACAAGAAAUCACAAUUUGGGUUGAGGAGAAAAAGAAGUUUGACCAGCUUGAUAUGCUGAACUCUGAGCUGACUGAUUGCUAUUUGGAUCUAGACAGCGCGAAAGAUGUUGACAGCGAGGAUCUGAAUGUAAAGAUCAAAGAGUUGAAGAAAUCCAUGCGUGAAGUAUCUCACGACAUUGACAUCAUGUACGGCAAAUUCGGCAGUUUGUUCAGGUCGGGGUCUCGUCAAACGUUCUUCGCCGCACAGACAGUCAGAUACGCCGACCUCUACGCAGCUUCGUUUAUUAACCUCAUAAACUACCCUUUCUCGUACUAUUUCCAGGCUCCGCAUGCUCUGAUGCCACAUGAACAGACGAUUGAUCACGGAGAUAGACGCUCAGCUUUUCUACCUCAUGGCAAUAGUUUUCUACUCAAAGACACUGCGCUUACUAACACGUUGACGAGUCCAUUAGUUGCCAGGCAGCAGCCGGAUGAGGAUGGUGGCAUUGAAAAAUGCAGGUCGCCAGACGUUGGAAGCGAUGUCGCCAUUCCGAAAGGUAAAGUUUUGUUGAGACGCCAGACACUGGCAACGGUGACAACAGCGAAAGAGACGUCAGCAAAUGGAGAUGUUGCGACUGAAGUGAAAUUCAAAGGGACUGCUGAAGAGGAUGAAGACACCAGCUCGUCGGACACGGAAGAGUGAUUGU